UGGUCAUCUCCUGUACUAUGUCCACAGUCUCUGGUCAUUCCCUGUACUAUGUCCGCAGUCUCUGGUCAUCUCCUGUACUGUGUCCGCAGUUCUCUGGUCAUCUCCUGUACUGUGUCCGCAGUCUCUGGUCAUUCCCUGUACUAUGUCCGCAGUCUCUGGUCAUCUCCUGUACUGUGUCCACAGUCUCUGGUCAUCUGUACUAUGUCCGCAGUCUCUGGUCAUCUCCUGUACUGUGUCCGCAGUCUCUGGUCAUUCCCUGUACUAUGUCCGCAGUCUCUGGUCAUCUCCUGUACUAUGUCCGCAGUCUCUGUUCAUCUCCUGUACUGUGUCCACAGUCUCUGGUCAUCUCCUGUACUAUGUCCGCAGUCUCUGGCCAUCUCCUGUACUGUGUCCGCAGUCUCUGGUCAUCUCCUGUACUAUGUCCGCAGUCUCUGGCCUCCUCCUGUACUGUGUCCGCAGUCUCUGGUCAUCCCCUGUACUGUGUCCGCAGU